AUGACAGCAACAUAUAAUAAUGACGAUGAAUUACUUUUUCAUCACUAUCCCUUCACAGACAUAGAACAAAUAGAAUUAGAUGAUUUUAAUAUGUUAGCAGGAGAAGCAAAAAGACCACCUAAUAUUCAGCAAAAACAACCGAGUUUAUCAAAUAAUGACCAAUACUUAUUGAUUGCCACGCUGUUGAGUCAUUAUGUGGCUGUACCAUUUACUCGUGGCUAUUUCUGUACGGAUACAUCGAUUCAAUAUCCAGUUAAAUCAAAUACAAUUCCAACCUAUGCCGAUGUUAUACUUUCCGUGUUACUUCCCGUAUUAUGGAUGUUAAUAACAGAAUUUGCAAAAUUCUUUUAUUUUCGAUGGUAUCCACAGCAGCCAACUUUUUAUUUACGAUUGGAAUUAUGGGGUACAAGAAAAAAAGAAAUUCAUCCGUUUAUAAGAAAUUUAUAUAUUUUAAUUGUCAUAUUUCUAUUUGGUUAUCUUUCGACAUGGGUGUUAACUGAAAUAGCCAAAAAUUUUGUUGGAGAAUUACGUCCUCAUUUCUUAGCACUUUGUAAUUCAAGUGUUACCUGUACAUGCACUUCAAAUUGUGGUAGUAAUGGUCAAAUAUAUAUAACAGAUUAUGUGUGUCAAAAUCCUGAUGCAACAGCAGUGAGAGAAGGACGACGAUCAUUUUUUUCUGGUCAUUCGUCAAGUAUCUUCUACGGUGCUGCAUGGUUAAUCAUGUAUAUUCACGUAGCAUGGUCUUGGCGGCAUUUGGGAAUCAUAGGAAACGUCUUUCAAACUGGUUUAGCUGUUUUAGCUUCUUACAUUGCUUAUAGUCGUAUAUCUGACUUUCAACACCAUUGGCAUGACGUCUUUACAGGCGCAAUAGUCGGUGCAUUGAUUGCAUUCGUGACAUUCAAAUUCAUUUUAAAUUGGCGACACUAUAAUCCACGAUUUUUACCGUAUACGGUUAUUAGUGGUGCUUCUCCACCGUAUUCAACUGGGAAUUAUAAUAAUACGGUACAACAGCGACAAGUGCUCAGUGCUCCAGCUGAGGUCUACGGCGAUCACUUGAAUAAUUCUCGUCUUCGAGUUGUAAGACUCACGUAA